AUGGACUUUGUGGAGGUGAGAACUCAGUUUUACUCUGAAAAACCGAAACGAGGUCUGUGUAUUAAAUGUCUAAUACCAGUCAACAGCAGCAUACAGGUUUCAACCUUCUUUCAAUAUGUCCAAGGUCAGAUUUGUGUAUUUCUAUUGGUAACAGAUUCCAUUUCAACCAGUUAUACACUCAACUCAACUGUAACAUCAUCUGCUCAUGUGAAUUUACAUUAUAUUGUUGGCUGGCUGACAUGGUGUAAAAUAAACACCAGUAAAACACUUCCAAAGUAUCUAUCAUAAUGCUUAAGCAAAUUCUUUUUUCUUCCUGUUCAAACUGAUUGUUAAAAAUAAAUGUGACCUAAGAAGUGGCUAAAGGCUGACAUUGGCUGUGUUCUGAUGUUACCUAUUAUUAAAUGUAAUAUUGAUAUAAUACUUGGACCCAGAUCUAACUGAAUACGAUACAAAGAUGUUUUAUGUUACAGGGCUCUCAAGUCUCACGCAUUCAGCGUGUGACACACGCAUUCCAACCCAUUCACACGCCACACAUCGUAUUUCUCAAGCAUUUAAAUGAAUAUGGUGACGUCCCCCAAGUUGCACCUCUUUAACUAUAGAACAGGUAGGAAUCAAGUGAGUUCCUCCGAGAGUUCAGAAGCCAAUCAAGGAAAGUAUAUCUAUUGAACAGCCAAUCAAAAAGCAGCAUUGCUGUAUCCGGGUAGAUUUUGAUUUGAUUUUGACAAACACUCGCCGAAAUAGAGCAGGUUUUUAUAAGGACGAGAUAGACCUGAUGAUUACAGUAAGUCAGUAACCUACACAUGCAGAGACCUCAACACCUCAUGGCAUAUAAACACAAAUGAUAAACUUAAGCCCUAUGCUAUUGCUAUUAACAGCUGUAUUGAUAAAUGUAGCCUCUGUACAGCCAUUUCCAGCCAUUUCCCCCUCCACAAAAAAGCAUUUCUCAUAUAUUCUUUUUAAAGUUCUGAUAUUCAUGACAGUGUAACGCGCAUGUACCAAAGGAUUGAGUAUCUCCAUGUUUGUGAAACCUAUACUAAAGAACAAUUCAUCUAAAUGCUCCACAGUGCUGAUUUUAACAACUCUCCUUGCUAAAAAUGCUUGAACCACCUCACAUAUUUCUAUAUCUCACUGUUCCAGCCUGGCUGGACCAUCCAGUUGCAUGACUCACUUGCCGUUCCUUCCCACAACAGUCUGGACUUCAGCCAAUUGGGAGCCUUAAAAUUGGGCGGGAGUACUUUCCUUGGUAGACAGACUACUGUAACCAAUCACCGUAACCAAACAUCUGACGUCAUCACAGUGUGCAAUUGUGUUCCCUGCUGGGCUCUCAAGCAUCAAGUAAAGGUUUGGUAAUAUUUCAACGUGUACCAGCAAACAAUGUCUUUCACGUCUUCUUCUGUGGAUAUAAAGGAUUUCUGCCGACUUUGCAAAGUCAACUGCAGAAUUAACGGCGUUCUGAAAAGUCCCGCAGCAUGUGUUAGACGUCACCAUCUACACAUGGACCAAUCAGGGGCUGCCUUUCCCUGUUGUCCGGGGAACAGUGGAAACACAGUCACUGAUUGACCCGGUUGUUAUCUGAUUUCUAAUACACGCUCCCAAUUGGCCGAAGUCCAGACUGUUGUGGGAAGGAACGGCAAGUGAUUCACGCAACUGGAUGGCCCAGCCAGGCUAUCACUGUUCAGCAUCUGCUGCAAACUCUUACUUAUCUACCUUUUUUUUCUGUCACGUUGUCCCCACUGUGUCCUUGCAGUUCAAAUUAGUUUACUGUCACAGCUGACUGCUCUGCUAUAGCUCUGUGGCAGGUCUCAGGUUAGUGCAGACUAACUCAAUGUGAAGCAACAACUGUCCCUGGUUAAGAGUGUAAAGUCAUACCUAUUGUCUUUUUUUCAGUUUACUUGCUUUUAGUGCUUUGUUUGAUGCACCUCUGUCAUCAUCUUUCUCUCUGAUCCUCUAUCAUUUAAAGCCUGAAGGAAACUUUGCUCCCACCUUCAAAAAAGCACCCACUCAUCCUCUCGUGAAUCGUGACUUCUGCACCUUCACGCCACGGUCUCCUGCAGAUGCUCUGGAGGAACGUCUCAUAUUGGACUCCACUGCUUGGCCUGAAACUCCACUCUUGCCAGAUCCUGUUCUAUUGGAGCAGACCAGUGAUCCAGCCAACAGCACCUUUACCAUCCUGCCAGGAGAAGGAGAGUGGCAUGUGGGAGAUCAGCUGAGAAUUUUGAUCAAAAUGUACGACUUUCAAGGUCAUGCCAAGAAGUCUGGCGGAGAUGUCUUGGUUGCACGGUUGCACAGCAAGACACUCAGUGCAGGUGUGGCUGGGAAGGUGGAAGAUCACCUUAAUGGCUCCUACUCAGCUGUUUUUCCUUUACUCUGGGAGGGAAGUGCACAGGUUGAGGUAAAACUAAAGAGAAUCUACCUAAAUGUUAUCAUACAACAGGUGAUGCCUUGGCUAAUUAGUUAAACGUCGAUAAACUGAUGGUAUUCUGAUUAACAUCUUCUAAAAACAUCCCUCUACCUUGUUGUAGUUGACAGGCAGCAGCCGUCACAGCCAAAAAUUACUGAACUGCAACUUCUCUAAAGGCUACUGUAGCACAGCAAUCCUUAUAUUGGAUGGGUUCUCAAUAUUAGAUACCCAAGUCAAAGUUUUGAAGGUAGUUAAGUCCACUCUGGAGUCAGGAAAAUUUUAACAUUUACCCCUCUUGACGCUGAUGGCAAGCUUUGACCUGCCCCCACUGAGUAAACAAGUCACCAUUCGAUGACAAGAAAAAACACUGCGUUGAUGGGAGAGCACACAACCUGUUUUUGAAAACGCCUACAAUACUAGUAGUAUGUACUAAGUGUAGUUUGCCCAAAGUGUAGUUUUCCGUAUGCAAACAAAUGCAAGAGUUGCAGUAUGCCAAAAAUACUGUACUGAUUCAGACAUUUUUUUUUGCAUUGGAGCAGUUUCCUUCGCAUGAUAUUACCCACAAUGCAAAGGGGCCUGUCAGGGUUAUAUAAAUUGACAGCACCUCCAUCCUCGCUGGGUGAAGCCACACCGAGAACAGCACACCCUGGUGACGGGCUGCAGUAUAGGUGAUAAAUCCCUCUUCCACCAGCAAAGCUUAUGGAGCUGUGGACAAAAUUUAUAAAUUUAUUACAUUGAACUUUAAUUUUUCUCCCCCCUGGUUGCCAUGUUGACAUGUAGUUACUGUAAGACUGGUUUGUACAAAAGUCCUCUUUUUUCUGUACAGCUCAGUUUUUCAAAAGUUAUUAGACGGUUCAUGUUUUCACAGCGACUCUCCCGCCGAAUGCGUACAACACUACUAUGCAAUGAUGGUAUCAGGAAGUGUAGAAAAAACGCGUAAUUACCGAGAGCUCUUCGGCUUCAAAUCCUUAUGCUGGUGGAAGGCGGAACCAAGUUGUCUAAAGUAAAUACAGUCUAUGGGUGAUACCGAUCACAUGCUGCCGGAUUUACUAAUUGCUGCAUGAAUGGAAUACGUUUCAGCAUCGGGAUAUAAAACCCAGCAAAUUCAAACAAAACAUUGAAAAAUGCUUUUGAGGCAGGUCUUGUAAAAAUUGCGCUAAAAAUAGUGAUCAUUUGAGGCUUCUUUUCCUAAAUUAACAGGAACAAGGGCAAUUGCAAAUUAGCUACAACAGUCUUGUGAGUUUUUAGCCUUAAACCAUAAGAGUAAUGCAUGAUAUUUUCCACACAGAGUGCUCUGCAUCCCUGAAUGAUGUCUGAAACACAGGGCAGCCAAACCUAUCUAUCUCUAUACCUCUCUCUAUCUAUCUAUCUAUCUAUCGUUCAUUUCAACUCACAUAGCUAGCUAAAUGUAACAGAGGUUUUUUGAGUUGACUGUCAAUGUAUUUACUGAUGUGUUAUAAAGCCAGAAAAGAUUGUCUUUGAUAUUAAAUGUUUGCGCAUUAAUUUACUGCUUUGUUUACAUAUGGCUGCACAAAGUGAAAACCUGGUUUCUCUGAUCUCUCAGGUGUUACUUAUUCACCCAAGCGAGGCUGUCACAGUUCUGCGCAGGAUCAACAGAGAACAGCCUGACAGGGUGAUCUUCAAGGGCAUCUUUAGCUCAGGAUCAAUCUCUGAGACAACCGUCUGUAAUGUUUGCUUACGCCAAACUGGUGAGCCACUGUGCAACUAUACAGACCCCUAUACUGGUGAGCCCUGGUUCUGCUACAAACCACAGAAUCUAAGCUGUGAUGCAAGGAUAUAUCACAAAAUCACGGGGUACAAGCAAGUACUGAAGACCAGCGAGCCCAAGCUCUUCCAGAGGUGAGCAGAGGAGAAGAAAUUCCCUCUCAUAUUUCCACUCAGUUACUUUUUGCUUUUGGUGCAGGGACAGACAGGAGGGCUGGUCUUUGAGCCCUUUUAGGACUGCUGGGUCCCUUUUCAGUGAUGUUGUGGUGGCAGACUUGCAAGUGUGCAGGUGCAGCUCCCUAUCAUAGCAUACUAAGCUGGUGAAACCAUGAUUGAAACCAUGAUGGGUCAGUGGUGUAAAGGGAUACCAACAACUGGUGACAGAAGAGGGUCUUUGUAUCAGACACAAGUAAGUGCUUUAUAGAUAUUCUAGGCUUGGUAUGUUUGUUUCCACCAAAGAAGGGCUUGGUGCACGAGUAAAAGGAGAACUCAAGUCUAAAACUGGAGACUUCUGGACUCCAAGGCACACUGUAAAAAUGCUGUCUGAUUAAAAUGUCCCUUUUUACCUGGCAGAUAUCUGAAGAUAGCCAUUGUGACAAACUCAGGUCUUCAUCAGUCUGCAGUGGUGGCUUGCACGCCUACUCAUUUUACUCACUUGCUUGUUGCAUUGAUAUUUGGGGGCUGUUCCUGCGGGUGACCUGCUAGCUGAUGUCAGAGUUAAGUUGUUCGCAUUGUAAGAAUAUUGUAUAUAAGGGGGCUGACAAGCAGACCCUCAAUAAGUUUAAACAUUGAUGGUCAUGUCAAUUUUUAUUAAUUUCAAACAAAAAAAGAUUAACUUUAAACAACCUUUGCUAACAGAUUAUUGGUUUGCAUUUUUUGUGUAACUGUGCCCACCUCUGGUCUGACUUUAACUAACAAUCGUCUUAAUCGUACACUAAUAGAUGCAGGUAACUAAUGUUACCUGUUUUUCUCCAGGAAAGUCAACCACAGAGUCUCUGUGCAGGCCUCAGGACCACCUAAUGUCAACGUGUUACCACCAAGAAAAGGUAAAGCAAGACUGAAACAUUUAAGACUUAAAGUGCUGAAGACCUAAAGAGUGAAAAGGAAUUUAAAAAUGCAAACAGCCAACCUCACCAGUGCAAAGCAGUUGCAGAAAGAAGUGCUGGGUAAAAGAAUUUAAGUAGCACCUGCUGUGUAUGAGCAUGUCCCAAAAAUGACUUAAAACCAUUAAAAAAUAAAACCAUUAAAAAUAAAACCAUUUCACAUCAGCCAGAAAAUCAAAGGUAAGCUCAAGGCACUACAUGGGCUCAGUACACAAAUAUGUCCUGUGUUGACUGUAUAGAGUGACAUUAAAGACCCUGGUAUUGGUCUUUUUGUGAGAUCUGACAUUAUCAAUUCUUCUCAGGUCAAACCGGGGUCAAUGACCAAAGUGAGAAGUCUGAACCCUCUGGAUAUUAUUACCAGGGUGUGUGGCGAGCUCUAGGUGGCAGCAGAGUUCAACAAUUCAACACCUCCUCUGCCAUCAGUCAGUGUCUGAAAGGAAAGAUGGUCCACCUGUACGGAGACUCCACCAUCAGGCAGUGGUUUGAGUUCCUUGAUGCGUCACUACCAGGUAUCAGUGCUGUAGAGAUUUGAGACAGCAGUUGAUUUUAUUCAUAUCACAGCCAAUCUGUUACCUUUGCCCUUCUUUCAGAUGCUAAGGAGGUAAAACUGAAAAACUCUAAACAAUCAGGACCUGUCAUGAUACAGGACAAUGUAAACCAGUUCCUGAUAACGUACCGUAUCCACGGUCUUCCUCUUCGAAUUUCGAGCAUUCCAGCCUGUAAGGAGAGCUACAUUGCCAAUGAACUGGAUGGAUUAAAGGGUGGCUCUGACACUGUGGUAGUGAUCGGCAUCUGGGCCCACUUCAGCACUUUCCCAAUUGAGCUCUACAUCAGACGCCUCCAAAACAUCCGCAGAGCCGUGGUCCAUCUGUUGAAUCGGGCUCCAGGAACCCUGGUGAUCAUCAGGACUGGGAACCUCCAAACAGCCUGGCUUCCUCGCGUGUUGGGCAAUGGUGACUGGUUCACCAUUCAGGUGAACAAGGUGCUCAGAGCCGUUUUCAAAGGACUCGAUGUUAAAGUUGUGGAUGCCUGGGAGAUGGUUCUGGCCCACCACCUUCCACACAGCCUCCACCCACAACCCCCCAUCAUCAAAAACAUGAUUGAUGUCCUCUUGUCUUACACUUGUCCCAAAAAGUGA